UGCCGAAUUGCCGACGAUCGCGACAUCCCGUCGGAUCGGUAGAUGCGGAUCCCGUCGGCUGAUUUAUCCAUGCUUCGCUUUACAUUAUACAUGCGAUUAGUGUGGCUAUAUACACCAUAUUAAUGCUGUUCUUAUGUACCGAUUAUCUUCCUGCAGCAACUAAAGCCAGGAAUCUAUAUCCUUGUCGACUCAUUCUCAUCGAUAAGUGCGGAAGAUCUGCGUCCUAAAUCAUUUUCUCCUCGCUAUACUGUUUGUUAGGCGUGUUGCAUAUAUAUUGCAGGCACAGUAUAAUACAGCGUGUGUUGCUGUAUAUAUGCAAGGAAAUGAUCGCCCAUAAAUGAUUAUAUGCAUAUGAGUAUAUAUAUCUCUUGUAUACGCGUAGUAAUUAGUGAUGGCAGCGCGGACGGAAGUUCGUUGUCUGCUGUGAACCCUGAUUAUUCCCGCUCCAGCUGUUUGUACCGGUACAGUCAAUUAAUAACGGGCAAAGUUAGCGUCAUAAUCCUCGGUUAGGUCAACAGCCAACGGGACUUGCAAGCUUCGGUUGCCUGUCGGCGUGCAGUUAGCGCCGUUUUGUCUGCUGAAGGAUGGCCACGCCCUCGGCCCCUCCCGAGGAGCCCAGCGGAACGCCGCCCGCCCUCCGUCCGGCGAUAGCCGCCGGCACGGGGGACGCCCGCCGCGGACGGCGGGAUUCGGCGGGCGCGGAGAGCAAGCCCGCGGCGCCGGCGCCCGCCUCGGGGAUGGGCUACCGCGACGCCGGGAGUGAUGGCGGCGGCAGCAGCCCGGCGGCGCAUCUGCCGGUGGGACGCGCCUUCUCCACGCCGCUCUUCAAGGGCAUCACGGCGGCCCGCGGGGGUAGCAAGGACCCCGCCAACAAGGGUGCGAUAGGCCGGCUGGCGGCCGGGGAUCUGGUGGCCUUGUGGGAGAUCAAACUGUCGGACGGCCUCCACCGGGUGGAGUUUGAGCACGGGACCACUUCCGGCAAGCGGAUUGUACGGGUGGACGGGAAGGAAGCCAAGCGGCAGAACUACAUGUUCAAGUUGGUGGGCCGCGAGCACUUCAGCAUCGGCAACGUGCCCUGCUCCGUCAGCAUCGAGGCGGCGCCCAACAUGCGCUACCUGUACAAGCUGGACGUGGACGGCCAGACCUACGAGCGCUACGUGGAGACUACCGGCCGCGUCUUCCGCAUCUGGACGCUCCCGCUGCAACCACCCACACCGCCGACUGCCGCCGCCGAGUCACGCCAACAACAGCCGCCGGCGAAUGCCGCGUUCCUGCAGAUCACUCUCGACACACAGACUCUGGACGUCCGCGUCAAUGGCCAGCUGGUGGACACAACGAGUGCCUUCACGGACACGGGCUCGCAGCUGAGCUUCCUGCUGGAGGCGCCGGGACUGGCCGGCAGCGGCGAGCAGGGCGUGUGCAGCGCCUGCAUCCGCGUCAGCACGGCCAACUUCCAGCGGCAGGGCCUGGACGCCGUCCUCAUACUCGGCGACAACGACCCGGAACAGCCCAUCCUCCCCGACUAAUUCAGUCAUCAGGGAGCAGUUCGUGACGUGCACCUAAAUGCUUGCACCUACGCCUUUGUAAUUCAGCAGGCCCAUGGCGUCCAGCGAAACUAAAGGUCACAGCCCCCCGAUAAUGCUGCAGUCGUGUACUGCGCCCCGCCCGGCUCCGCCUCGUUGGGCCGCCUUGCCAGUGCUAUAUAUACCUCGAUGUACGUCGACUGCCUUAUACUACCGGCCGGCCAGAUUAUUGCGUUAAUUAUGAGACGUAUAACUGUCGAACGCGCCCAUACCCACUCAAUAGUAUAUACUAUACUAUAUAAGUGUAUAAUAAUUAUGUUCCGCAAUAGAUAUACAGAAAGUAUUAAUGUAUGCGAUUGACGAUGAAUUAUUAUGUACCGGUGCCUGUAUAGAGAUAGUACAUACUGUAGUACAUAUCUGUACAUGAGCUGCUCACCUGCUAACGUCCACACCAGUCAAACUAUGAUCCUGUCGAUCAGUUCAAUAAACAGCGUAUUUUGCUGGCGGUCAGAAUGAAACAGCGGUAUUGCGUCUAUCGUUAUUCGCAACAAUAUGCAGUAAUUAAUUCGCUAACUACUGUAGUCGGCAAAAAAACGGUCAGAGCGUUUCUCUCCUCUCGUGACUGCCGUCCGCUGAUGAUCGUGACGCAACGGCAAUUCACGUGAGAGGCGGAUUCGUACGUAAAUGCGUAAAAUGGUUCUGAUUAAUUCUCAAUAUACGGCGAUACUGUGGUUAGUGGGGAUUAUUUAUGGCCGUACCAGCGUCACAAUCGGCUAGAAUAAAUUUAUUCUUGGCUUACUUUUCCUCGCCGACUCGGCAAAAAUAGCACACACAUCACGCAAACUGCACUGGUUUGUCAUGGCGUCGUUACGGCUUGUUUACAAGUGGCAAGCGGCAAAGAACAAACUUGCGGCCACGCCCCCCGCAUCCGAUUGGCCGCG